AUGCCUUUGCUCGUGGAUCUUGCCGGUACCUUCCAUGAUAAAGCUUUUUGAAAUGACCGUGAUCCACCUUGUCGAGACCCGCAGCUUCCUCUUGCGUCGUGCCAGCAACAUCUUGUACAGCUCCUUCUCCGCGUCAGGGAACCACAGCCGCCGUCGAGUGCAUGUCCCCGUCAGACUACUCCGCACCUUGUCAGCUGCUUGCUGCACGAGAGAAGUCUUCAUCCUUCUGCCCUUUGCUGAUACUGCUGGCCGAGAUCCCUGACUCAUGCUCCAAGUAAUAGGGAGGGGUCAUACCGAAGUGCGCACGAACCUCCGUUGACUGCGACUCUAGAUCUCGCAGCUCCUGAAUUACACCGACCUUCUCGCGCGAGGUGUACCGUCUCCUUGAGGCUGCUCCACACGUUUUCUUUGGUGGCGACUCCGUUUGUGAAAAGCCGUCGUUCACGAGCUUGUUGUUCCGCUCGACUCCAGGGCGUAAAGGCUGCAGCACAAACGUCACGGACCCUGGCGGACAUGUCGCGCCGCAUCCGCGACUCUCUCCAUGGUGAAACGCAACGUGCCAGCAACGUUCUGACUGUGUCCCACCCCAAGGGAGGAGAGAUGAUGCCCCCGCCCCCUUCCUGUUCGUUGAACACCACCGUUGAACUGAGAUUUUCGCUUCACGCUCGUGGUCAGUUUUGAUGUGCACCCCAAGGCCCUUGGUGUUGAAGAAACGACGGUUGUACUUCGUACAAGGCACUGUCGGUUGAGGCGGUGGAGGCGCGGCGAAAUUGAUGUUAGCGAUCUCCUCCGUGCUGCCGUCCCCACGCGUACGCACC